UAGCAUCUCUGACUCUCUUUCUUCUUUGCGUCCCUUUCCUCACAAGACAAUCUUCAUACUUCGGUCUCAUUUUCUGGGACUAGAGAUGUUGAGUUUGUUCAGAAAAAAGAAGAAGAAGCAGAAGAAAGAGGAGGAGAUCAAUUUCCAGAAGAAUGGGAGCUUAUUGUUGGAAGAACUCAUUGCAACUUCAGGAGGUAAAUACAAUCCCAUCCGUACGUUUUCAUCCCACCAAAUCCUUCAAGCCACAAACCACUUUGACUGGAACCUUGUAAUCUCUGAAGACAGAUUCGUGUGGUACAAAGGCAUGAUUGAAAACAGACCCGUACUGAUCAAGAAAUUCCGAGACUGUUCUGUUUUUGACGCUGACAACUUUUCCCGUGACAUUGCGGUUUCAUCUUUGAUGAGCAGCCAUAAGAAUGUUCUCCAGCUCUUGGGGUGUUGUAUGGAGUUUCCUCGUCCGGUUCUCGUUUGUGAAUACCCAGAAAAUGGAGCUCUAAACUGUAUCAGACGUGGAAAGGAAGGUGUCCGGCCAUUCCCUUGGAAUGUAAGGUUGCGGAUCGCUAAGGAGAUUGCAGAAGCUGUAGCGUAUCUUCACACCGAAUUCUCCAGGACUAUAAUCCAUAGGGAUCUAAAGCUUGCAAAUAUUUUCUUGGACAAGAACUGGUCUGCUAAACUCUCUUCUUUCAGCCUCAGCAUACUUAUUCCAGAGGGAGAAUUGGGCGUAAAAGACAUGGUUUGCAGGACUUCAAGCUAUAUCGAACAGUACUUUAAUACAGGUUUGGUCACCGAGAAUGUCGACAUCUAUAGCCUUGGGAUCAUCAUGCUAGUUCUUUUGACAGGAAAGUCUGAAUACAAUUCGGAUGUAGCUGUUUAUCUUGGGAAAUUUCUAGAGCGAGGUUUGUUGGCUGAGCUGAUAGACCCGUCGAUGCUGGACAGCGUGAAUGACGACAUUCCCCAACAUUCAAGACAGCAAAUGGAAGCGUUUAUUGAGCUUGCUUUUAGAUGUGUAAGAUUCAGACCAGGAGAGAACGUGCCUCGUAUGAUAGACAUUGCAAAAGAACUCAAGAAGAUAGAAAAACAUACCUGACGCC